AUGAAUCCCCCUCAUCGUACUGGCGUGUCUGGUAGCGCAGAUGCGACCUUGAAUUCGACCCUUGAUACGGACAUGUUUCCCACCGAUCCAUUUGCUUCGGGCCAAACGAAUAUGACGGCCGAGAUCGACCGCCGAUUACAUGACGUGGGCGUUGCAGCUCUUGCUGCUGUGUCCCAUUACCCGCGUGCGGAGAAUGAUGCGCACCCGGAUUCUUUCCUGGUAUCCGAGGUCGUCAACGCCGUUACGAGUGCUGGCAGUCCUCCGCAUUUUUAUCGACAUUUGGAGUCCGGCGCUACUUUGCUGCCUGGCCAUCCGGCACAUUUUCAACAAUCUGGAAUGGGGGUUACCUCUUUGGCUGGACCGGAGUUUGGCUUUGGUUCGAAUCCGAGUGGCGACAUCGACUUGGAAACGAUUGUCCAGGACUUAAUUCACCGCACCGCCCAACGGCAAAAUAUCGCCGUCGUCCCAGACGACAUCGAGGAUGGUCACAAGGAUAUGGUUAUGGAUUACGAGUCGGUUACUAUGGAAGACAACCGGUCGCCUGAGUCAACUUCCGACGAUGAGCUUGAAGAUUUUCUCCAAUUUUAUCCGGACGAAGAGGAGUAUUACCAUCAGCGCAAGGAUCGCCCGACCCGUGAAGCCGAUAUGCCAGACUGCGACCUCGAUGAAUUCUAUAAUAGUAUGAGUUAUGACGAUAUAGAUGUGGAUCUCCCUCAGAAUAUUGGGUUGUCUAUUACAGAACCUUUGCACAACUACGUCGACGAUCAAAUGGACUUCCCUGGACCGCGUCCGGCAUCUAUAAUCCACACAUCCACAUAUGAGCGAAAUCUCACCAUUGAUGAAUUCAUCAAGCAUUGGAUGGUCUCGAUAAACACUAUUCCCCAUGGCUUCCAUACUGAAAGUCGGAUUCCACCUCAGCUCCGUCCACUAGCAAAGAUGAUUAGCUGGCAACCACCACUUGAGGUUGUUCGACCGUCUCAAUGGAAACGCGACUUUUAUGAUUUGCAGCAGAUUCCGUGGACAGAAACUUUACGGGUGACGCGAUCCGAUGCACGAGCCGUGCGUGACGCCUGGUACAUCCCGUAUCGCAACCUGCAUUACCUGCAUCCCGGUCAUGCAAAGCACCUUCCACAACGUGAAACCUUUUUCCGCGAGAGAUCCAUGCAUACUUCACACAAAGCGUCUAUUGAGCACUUCCAACUUCGCAAUCUAAUGUCGGCUCCUGCGUCUAAUACCGUCCACUUUGCCUCCCAUUCAAAAGUGUAUUCAUGGACCCCAACAACCGGCGACGCACAAUGUCUCAUCGACAUGAGCCAACCAGAUCCAGAAUCAGGCUUCCUUGGCCCAGUCAAAAUCUCCACCAUGAAAACGGCACACGGCCUUACAAUCGCAGGCGGGUUCUGCGGCGAAUACGCCCUACGCAGCACGAGCGGAUCCAACCCCGGCAUAAAAGGCCUAGUAACCCCAGAUUUCAACGACGGAAUCACCAACCACGUCGACAUAAUCCCCAAUCGCACAGGUCCCUCCCCAACGGGCGUCUUCGCUUCCAACGACCGACACCUCCGCAUCCUCGACACAGAAACAAACAUCUUCAUCUCCGACCAAGAACUCGCCCAACCAAUCAACUGCACCGCCACAUCCCCAGAUAGCCGUCUCCGCGUCGUAAUCGGCGACUCCCCAGACGCAUGGGUCAUAGAAUCCGACACAGGUCGUCCAGUCCACCCCCUCCGUGGCCACCGUGAUUUCGGCUUUGCCUGCGCCUGGUCCCCAGAUAUGCGCCACAUCGCAACCUCAAACCAAGACAAAACAGUCAUCAUCUGGGACGCGCGGACCUGGCGUCCGCUUGAAACCAUCGACUCCGAUGUUGCGGGAUACCGCUCCCUGCGUUUCUCGCCUGUCGGCGGUGGCCCGCGCACCCUCCUCUGCACGGAACCCGCGGAUCGGAUCUCUAUUAUCGAUGCACAGCUCUUCCGAUCAAGACAGGUGCAUGAUUUCUUUGGUGAAAUCGGCGGUGCGGAUUACGCGCCUGACGGCGCCGAGAUCUGGGUUGCUAAUACGGAUCGUCAUUUCGGUGGGUUCAUGCAGUAUGAGCAGAAACAGUCUGGGCAGAGAGUUGGGUUGACGGAUUUGCCGUCUGAGUGGCUCACGGAGGAUGAGUUGGCGUUGGAUCCUCGGUGUGUUUUGAGUAAGAGGGAGCGGGGAUUGCGGUUUUUGAGGAAUUUGUCGGAUGAAGAGCAUGAUGCGUUGAUUCUUUGA